GGCCAGUGCACCUGCGGUCUGCACAGACCGCUCCGCUCGCCCACCAGCGGGCACUCAUGUUUGGCUGGGUCGGCCUCUGGGCUGAGCAGGACUGCGAGGUCCUGAGUUCCCACCUAGGAGUUGAGGAACUAGGACGCUGUGAGGUCACUGAGCUCCAGGUACUAGCGGACAGCUCGCGGGUAACGACGCAGGUCGCUUGACCAGGACCGGAAGUUCAGAGCAGCUCCCAUCCGCCGUGCAGGAUGACGCACUUCCCGCCACGGGCGGCCGCUAUUCUCGCGGCUUACAGCUGGUGGCGCUGGGCCCCCGGAAACCUCGGCUGGUGACCGUUAGCCCUCGAGCAUUCUGGGAGUCGAGCCCAGUCUCCUCCCCUCCUUCCUGUCCUUAGUUCCCGGCUUGCUUCUCGAAGUAGCGCCACAGUUUCCGGGGCUGUUCGGUGGCUCUACCCAAGCGCUGGGGAGUGAGCGAUUCGGAAGAGGUUCGGGUGCGCAUGCGCACAGGACUACACGUCCCGACAGGCCCCGGCAGCCAUGGUGCAGUGCCUUGUGGGAGAUGUAGUUCUUCCAGCGCGAAGGCUGCGGCCCUGGGCCCGCAGAGGACUCUCUUUCCCAGAGGGCCGAGCGUGGGCGCGGACAGGCGGUGCUGCAAAAUGGAGGCUGCCGGUCAGGAAGGUGCCUGAUCUUCGAGGAGCACCUCCUGCACACCACACACAGUAACAGUCUCCCUGCAGCCCUCCCCCAGCUCCCGCUGAGCAGGUGAACAGGAAUGGACUUGGAAUACUCCUGGCUAAGACAACCACACCUUUGUCAUUGUCACGGAGGACCUUCAUCUGGGCUCUGCCCACCUGGCUCUCCAGUCAGCACGACAGUGUCAGCCACUGACACCCAGCAGACGAGGUGUCACGUCUUGAGGACACAUGGCUGAGGCAGGGACAGACGAGCCCUCCACCUGCUUGGAUCCUGAGCAAGGGACAGAGUACGACACCCUGCCUUCCGACACAGUCUCCCUCAGUGACUCGGACUCCGACAUCAGCGUGCCUGGUGGGGCCGAGGUGGAAGCACUGUCCCCAGAGGGGUUGCCUGGAGAGACCCAGGAAGACUCAGGCCCCGAUGAGCCCUCUUCACCCCCAACACUCUCCACAGGCCUCCCCACAACUGCAGUGCAACCAUUCCACCUCAGAGGCAUGAGCUCCACCUUUUCCCAGCGGAGCCACGACAUCUUUGACUGCCUGGAGGGGACAGCCAGGCAGGCCCCACCUUGUGUGGCCCAAACCAGCAUGAAUGACAGUGGAGUCUUCAAGCGGCCCCUGGUGCCCUCAAGCCAGCCUCCUGUUGAGGGUCUGGGCACUACCCACCGGGGUUCCGUCCCCUCAAGAGCACCCCCUAUUCCCGACUACGUGGCACACCCUGAGCGCUGGACCAAGUACAGCCUGGAAGGUGUGGCUGAAGCCAGCGAGCAGAGCAACCGAGCCGCCGCCCUGUCCUUCCUGGGCUCCCGGCGCCUGGCUGCCCCCUCCGACUACAUGCCUUCCUUCAACCAGGACCCCUCCAGCUGUGGGGAGGGAAGAGUUGUCUUUACCAAACCAACUCGAACGAGCGAGGCCAGACCCGAGAGAAAGAGGGCUCUGGGGAGGGGGAGAGAGCAAGGCAGGGGCACGUCUGGGAACCCGGGUAUGGCUGGGGGCGAGGGCCCUGUGGAGUUGGCCCACCUGGCCAGACCCGGGAGCCCAGAGUCUGAGGAGUGGAGCAGCCCUCAUGGGGGCCUGCAAGAAAUAGGAACACCAUCAGGAACUGCCCCUGGUGGGUCAGUAUCAGGCCCCCAGGAGGUGGAGACUGUUGGUUUCCAUGGCAGUAAAAAGCGGAGCAGAGAUCACUUCCGGAACAAGGGCAGCAGCCGUGAGGACCCAGGUGCUGAGGUCUGAGGGGAGACAGCCCUGACAGUCCACCCUAAGGGCUGCCAUUGUCUUGGCUCCCCAUCUAGACUGGGGCUGGCAUGAGAGCGGAAGCUGUCCCUGGGGAAGGAAGCUGGUGGACUGCCUGUAGGUGGCGCCAGCAGCCCUGGUUGGGACUCAGGACAAGUCUCUAGAGUAGAGAUCUUACUGAGCCCUGUGGGGUGCAGGACAAAAACUGUGGCUCCUUGGGUGCCUCUUACGGUGACAAUAAAGGUUCUGGGUCUUC